UGCACACUUGGCUCGAAAAGUAAGGUGAUGAAAAUAAGCAUGCGCCAACACCCAAAUCUUGACAAAACACUACUAUCAUACCCUUGGGCCAGGUCUCAUUCACACAAAAUGUCCCUAUCCUCCCUCCUCAACCGGCUCCCUCCUCGCAAUCCCCAUGCUAUCCUCCGGGUCCACAUCUCUGAACCUAAUCUUCCUCUCUUUGGCCUGGACAACCCUCGCAGCGACCUACUCGUCCCUCCAGUUGGAACUCUUUGGCACGUUUGCGCUGCGCUUAGCCCUCUACAUCCUACCCUCCCUAAUCUUCCUCGCCUUCGACAUCAGCGUACCAAGCUUAGCCGUCGAAUUCAAAGCGCAAGGCAAAUGGGGGAUCGCUACGAACCAGCACGGCGGGAAGAAGAGGCUUAGACGGGUGGUGGCGUGGAGUGUAGUGAAUGUGGUCGGGUGUGUGGUGUUGCAGGCUGCGACUGAGUUUCUGGCGACGGAUGUGCUGCGGCGGUUAAAGAGUUUGUUGUUGAUUAAGGGGAGUCGGUGGGGGUUGAAUGGUUUGCCGAAUCCGUGGACGAUGGUUAAGCAUGCGCUUAUUGGGGGUUUGGUGCGGAACAUAAGUGAUGAAAAUGUAUGUGGGUUUGGGUGAGCGGAUGCUAACAUCGUGCAGGUGCUGCAAUACUACAUUCACACCAACCUACUGCACUCGCCGAGUGGUGGCAGGCUGGCAGACUGGGAUGCGGGUUGGCAUCAUAGCAUCUAGGUGCCGUACUCGUUUGUUGCCAAUUACGACUACCUAGUCUGCUAUGCUCUGCACUUGUGGCUGCUAUUGUACCUCCCUGCUAUUGCGCUGCGCAUGCAUAUUCUGACCUACCUUCUCCUGGUCGCCUUCUUCAGUCUUGAAGAGACAUUCGUAUACUCGGCUUUCAUCGAGGCAUGAGGGUCUGCCACCUUGAAAUCGAGUGUGUGGCUCGCUGCAGGGUUUAUAGGAUACGAAUAAAUGGACGUAAAGAUUGAGCUCAUCUUACGGUAACGCGGAUUCGGUUUGGACUGUGUUUGAUCUUCGUGUUGUGCCUGGAGGAUCGUCG